UUGACUCCACGGCGAAACUUCAACGAGGCGAUGAUCGAGCAGACCGUGGAAUCGGCGGCCGCCAUUAUAAUGAAAUGGAAUCCGGAUUCUUCGACUUACGCCAAAGUUACUUCGAUGUUCUACGAAGAUAAAAGAGAGGYCAUGCAGUUCAUCAAGCGCGUGAAUGAUCUUCAGAAAGUCAUGCAUUUGAUGGUUUCGGAAGAUUCCAGUUCCGYCUCCGAUAGGCUUGUUUACGCUAAAGAUUUGAUGGAAAUCGCCAUGAAACGGCUUCAGAAGGAGUUUUAUCAAAUCCUCUCGAUGAAUCGCGCGCAUCUUGAUCCGGAGUCUGUCUCCGCCCGAUCCUCCCGCUGCUCCACCAGAUCGAGCACCUCCGCUGAUUUCRACGAUGACGGCACUGUCGAUGAUGAAAUCCAGGUGGUARGCGAUUCGAUCUCUGAAGUUGAGCAAGUUUCUUCAAUUGUGAUGGAGGAUUUGCGAACCAUAGCMGAGUGCAUGAUCUCCUCUGGUUACGCUAAAGAGUGCGUCGGUAUGUACAAAAUAGUUCGAAAAUCGAUAAUCGAUGAAGGUGUGUAYCGCCUCGGACUCGAGAAAUUGAGCCCUUCGCGAAUCAACAAGAUGGACUGGGAAGUGCUCGAGCUUAAAAUCAAGAACUGGUUGGAUUCAAUUAAGCUCGCGAUUAGAACGUUGUUCACUGGCGAACGAAUCCUCUGCGAUCACGUCUUCGCGUCGUCUGAAUCAAUCAGAGAAUCCUGUUUUGCUGAUAUAUCCAGAGACGGUGCUCUGAUUCUGUUAGGAUUCCCGGAACUUGUUGCUAAGAGCAAGAAAUCGCCGGAAAAAAUGUUCCGUGUUCUCGAUAUGUACUCAUCGAUCGCCGAGAAUUGGCCGGAAAUCGAAUCGAUUUUCUCCUCGGAGUCCACAUCUGCAGUUCGAUCGCAAGCCCUAACCUCACUUGCGAAACUAGCCGAGUUGGUCCGUGCAAUAGUAAUGGAUCUCGAACUGUCAAUUCAGAAGAAUUCGUCCAAAUCGCCAGUCGCUGGCGGUGGCGUUCAUUUUGUGACGCUUCUCUCGAUGAAUUACCUCACUUUCCUCGCCGAUUAUAGCACCGCUUUGACGGAAAUUUUCGCCGACUGGAUUCCACCAGAGAAAUCCUCUCUCGAUCAAAUCGUAUUCGGCAAUCCAGAAUCCGACGACAAUUCGACUAAUUCCACUAGAGAUUCCGCUAGAGAUUCUGCGAUUUCUUUACGCAUGGGAUGGCUAAUUCUAGUCCUCGUCUGCAAGCUUGAUAACAAAGCAAAGCGCUACAAAGACGUUUCACUUUCAUAUCUAUUCCUCGCUAAUAAUCUCCAAUACAUCGUCUCCAAAGUCCGAUCGUCGAAUCUUCAAUACCUUCUCGGCGACGAGUGGAUCACGAAGCACGAGGCCAAAGUGAGGCAAUUCGCCGCCAAAUACGAGUCGCUGGCCUGGGGCAGAGUCUUCGCAUCAUUGCCGGAGGAUCCGACGGAGAAAUUUUCACAGGAAGAUACGAAGGAAAUCUUCCGCAACUUCAAUAUGGCGUUCCAAGAAACGCAUCGCAAACAGAAGUCCUGCUUCAUUUCGGAUCCAAAGCUUCGAGACGAAGUUAAAUUAUCAAUCGGAACGAAGCUUGUGUCGUUCUAUCAAGAAUUUUACAGAGCGCAAAAAGCUUACGCCGGUGGCAACGAAAGGCCGUACAUCAGAUUUUCGCCGGAAGACGUCGGUAACUACAUAUCGGAUCUCUACUUCGAGCCGACCGAUUGGGCCAGCGUUUCGACCUCCUCACCGUCGUCGACCUCGUCCUCUCACAGGCGGGAAGCGGGGCCCCGUUAACCGGAGCUCCGGCAAAUAAUUGCCGCGAUUUUUUUGUUUUUAAUUUUCACUUUUUUUUUGGGUUCGAUUUUUUGAAUAUGCAUGUGGAACAGUAAAUAAUACGGAUUUAGUACGUUUGACAUUUUGAUCCCAAAAAUUGAAUAAAUUGGUUACAUAA